AUGAACGGCCAGCAUAUACCCGGCUUCUACUACGACCAGGAGAAGAAGAAGUACUUCAAAAUCCAAAGCCAGUCUGCGGCACGAGGGCUUGAUCUCAAAUACUCGACCUCCAAUCUAAUCAAGGAGAGGAGAAAAGAAAAUGUCCAGAAAGCGGCAACAGCAAGGACAACCAGGAUACAGAAAGAGCGAGUCGUUCGCCGACAUGCCGCCAAGUUCACUCACUGCGAUCUCGAGCGAGAGAUUGGUUUCAAGAGAAGGUCUUUCUACCUACAGAACAUAUGGCCAGAAGCAUGCAUGUCCGGCAUGAGCGCCACAUUCAAACCAGUCACCAGCAGCGCCAACAACGAAGUGAUUCGCUUCUUCGACAAAGAUCCAGUCUCGAAAACCAUCUAUGCAGUUUGCGGAGAGAACAAAGUCAAGCGACGUCAAUUCCUCGGAGACGACCAAGCAGCAAACCUGCAUAGCUCACACUCACAAGAUAAGUUGAGGGCUCUUGACACCAAAUCAAGAUACGGAUACUACCCCUGGGACGAGAUCUCUCGCACAACCUCCACCGUCUCUUCGUUCCAGUACAUGCCCACCUCUGGCGCUCUCGCAGUAACGACAAUCGGCUCUGACCGGCCACCUAUCAUUCAGCUCAGCGACCCCGAGCGCGACGGCCCGCACAUAUCGCAAGUCUUUACACCAAAAGCCUGCUCUGCCAUUUGGACAUCUGCUGCACGGCCACCUUCAUUCUCCUCAUUACCAGAGCCCUCCAGCACCGUUGCAGCGAACGAAACAGAGCAUCUUGCUGUCGCAGCACAGCAAUCCCUGCUCCUCUUCACACGUUCACCCUCGGGAUCCUGGGACUCGCAGACGGUCCUUCCCGAUUUACACGCCGACAUCCUCUCUCUUGAAUGGCUGAACCACAACACCAUCGCCCUGGGGUGUCGAAAUGGAAAAAUACACCUCUACGACGCCCGCUCGGGAGGCACCUCACACAUCCUCACGCAUCCCUAUCCUACCAGCAAACUAAAGCGAGCCGACGACGCCACAAGAUUAGUGUGUUCAGGACUCCAAGAUACCCUCUUCCUAUACGACAUCCGCAGCCCCCGGCUGACAACCCCGCGUGAGCGAGGCGGGAAGCCCAGCACCAAACAUCACCACUACAACGAGGCCUACUUCAAAACGCUGUACCCAAGCGGCCACGACUACAAGCGACGGCGCAAAAUGACAAACACCGCGUUUUCCAAAUGGAGUCAGCCCGUACUAAGCUAUCAGCAUACGAACCUUGAUGAUCUGGAUCUAGACGUUGCUGUGAAUGCGCGACUGGGGCUGAUUGCUGCUGCGCAGGAUGGUGCGAAUUGCGACAAGGCGGUGAGGGUGACUAACUUGUGGACGGGCAGGACGGUUAGAGAAUUUGAUCUGCCUGGGGGAAAGCCGGUGGGACACGCAAAGAUACGGGAUAUGAAGUGGAUGGAUGAUGAGGAUGGGAGGCUGGGUUUGUGGAGUACUUGGGGUGGGAGUAUUGCUUCGUUUGCUUGGUAG